ACUUCUGCGAUUGGACUGGCCCCGCGAGGUGGCGUCUGCGCAUUUCCGGCGCAUGCGCGUCGCCCGGCCUAGCCGCGCCGUUGCUCGCGCAUCCUCCGGAUUGGCGUGUAAUUCGCGGCGUUUGCGCGACCCCGUGCGACAUCUGACGCUAGUCUCCAGAACUACGAAUGGUGAAAAGAAUAUUCGUAUCGUUCGAAAAACUGCGUAUUGCUGUCGUUUCAAUCCGUGACUAUCUUCAAACAAGUGACAAUGCCGUAAAUUUUAAAAUUAUUAUGUCUACGCGGAUUAUUUACGUAUUAUCUACGUCAUGUAUAUACAGUAUAUUUUUCCAUGUAGACAAUAUAAACUGCAAUGUAAAAUAUUGCUAAUUAUUAUUCAAGUAUAUAGAAAAAAAUUAAAUUAUAAGAUAAUUACAGUAUUUACUUUGGGUAUUAAGUAUAAAUGUAAUGUUUAAAGGAGAUAAAUUUCAUGAAAUUUUCACUUUAUUAUAUGACAGAUUGAUUUAAUAUUUUAUAACAUUAGAUGUAUCACACGCACCUGAAUACUCUAGGGACAUUAUCUGCUCUUUUUAGCUCCACUUUCUGUAAUCAAGUGUGCUAUAAAUGUAAAAGGUUAUAAACCUUGCUUGUUUCUACGAGAAAAUAAACACGUCUAUUUUUUUUUAAAUAUCAGUUAAUAUAUCAUUAAGAUACGCCUGGCUUUAUGGCAGUGUAAUAUUAGGACUUCUUUGUCUCAUUCACUGAAGAUUUUUCAACAAAUUGUGAACAAAAUUUACUAUUAAGGAGGUUAACGAUAUAUUUUUAAUUAAAGAUAUUUCGUUUAUCACGGAAAUCUUAAGCCUAUUUCAAGUUGAACCACGCAUGUAAAUUUGAUGGCUUUUUCACAAUCGAAUUCGAGAGAAUUACAAAAUAGGAAGAUCUUGGAAGAACUGCAAUUGAAAAAGCAGAUGCUCUUGAAGCAAGGAGUUGCACCAAGUUUGACUUCAUCCUUAGCUGUCUCGUCAACUGGCUCUGUAUCAAGUGUACCUACAACACAAUCUAACGAUGGUAUAGCAAUGAGUGCAUCUCAACGAGCUGCUUUACAUAAUGCACAUGCUGCCUCAUCAGGUUAUUUUGUGACACAGGAUUCUUCUUUUGGAAAUCUGAUAUUACCAGUCCUCCCAAGAUUUGACAUCUGGAGACUCUAUCAAUAGUUCAAACAAACAGAGAUAAUGGCUGCUCUUCGACUUCGUCAAUUAGAAGAUUAUCUUCAACAGCUGGAGGUCUUCGAAAAGCCAAAAGUUUCACUCGAGCAGUAUGCCACUAGCGCACAUAUCGCCUCACAUAUGUUAUAUACUGCACAAUCACAGUUCAAUGAUAUAGAAGGUAAAAGCACAGCGGACUUAGGUUCUGGAUGUGGUGUACUGUCAUUGGGUGCAAAAAUGCUUGGUGCCGAGUAUGUAAUUGGAUUUGAAAUAGAUUCAGAUGCGAUUGACAUACACAAUGUUAACUGCAAAGACAUAGAACUCUAUGUCGAAAUCGUGCAGUGUGAUAUACUGCAAUAUUUACCAGGAAAAUUCGAGAAAUAUUUCGACACAGUCAUAAUGAAUCCACCGUUUGGCACUAAAAACAACGCCGGUAUCGACAUGAAAUUUCUAGAGGUGGCGAUUCGACUCUCGUCCAGCGUAGUUUAUUCGCUGCACAAAAGCAGUACGCGUGAUUAUGUUCUCUCGAGAGCGGCGCAGCUCGGCGCGAAGGGAACAGUAGUGGCCGAACUCAGAUACGAUCUACCGAGAGCCUAUAAAUUUCACAAAAAAGCCUCCGUCGACAUCGAGGUGGAUUUUAUACGAUUCGAGUUAAACCGUUGAUUUACUCGAACGCCAGAUCUAUCUAUUCGAACUUGAUGCCCUGAGCUAAGGGUAGUUCGUUCCCAUGAUUGAUCGUGAUUGUCGCGCGUCGCAUGUAAUGCUUCCAUGCGUCGCUUCCGCUUUCUCGACCACCGCCCGUGGCCUUCUCGCCGCCAAACGCACCGCCUAUCUCGGCGCCGCUGGUGCCGAUGUUGACGUUGACUAUCCCGCAAUCCGAUCCGUGAGGGCCGAUCCACUGUACGAUGCAGACAGCAAGAAUUUCAUGAGAAUUCGGUCAGUGGACAUGCAUAAUUCCGAAAAAUCAGAAUCCCGAAAUUAGAGAAGUGGGACAAUGUUCCGAAAAAUCACAAUCCCGAAAACUGAAUACUAGGACAAUCGAAAUGCAAUUUUUCUGAAAUAUUAAAAGCAUACUAUUGUCCCGAAAAGUCACAAAUCCAAAAACUGAGCACAGGGAAUCCCUCGAAAUAUUGAAGGCAUAAAGUUCUCCCACAAAGUUAUAUGGCAAGUUAUUGAUAACUUCAUGCUUUCACUAUUUUAAGAGUCGUCCCUGUGUUCAGUUUUCGAAAUUGCGACUUUGGGACGAUGUUCCACUUUUAAAAUUUUCGGUUUUUUUUUUUUUUUUUUCGAGACUGUGCAUAUCCACUAUUCAAUAGAACACACUCACAAAGCGUAUUAUCUUAAGCGCGUUGUUGAUUAUAACAUUAGUUUUACCUGAAAUACAUUUCCGAUACUUUUAGUAAAAA